AUGUUGUGCAUCAGAUGCAUCAUAGCUAACUUAUACCUGCUACUGUCUAAUCCUCGCUCGGCAAAAAUUAUUUUGAAAAAGUAUGUGAGAAAACCGUUCCUCCAUAAAACAUCUAAUACGGUUUCUUUGUCUUUACAAUGUUUGAGGCCUGUUUCGUCGAAAUUCGCAAGACAACCGAGUCAUUCAACACUGAAUGAAGAUAAUUUCAGCAUGGACAACCCACUCACAUACGAAAUUCAACGGAUAAGGAAGGAGAAGGAAAAGAAGGAGUUACCCCCAGACUUUUGGUACUGUCUAUGUCACACUCAUGUACAUGUAAGUCUCUCGACGUUUACAUCGUGGAAUACCAUUGCUUUGUGGCUAGUUGUGACGCAAAAAAGUUUAUGCAAAGCAGAUAAUUUUUUACUUCACCUAACGCCUAGCUUUUAAAAACAUUUUCAACAAGUUUUUGGUCAUGUUUUAUCCGUAAUAACAUCUGCGACGCUUAAAGAGACACGUAACUUGGCUCUCUGUUGACGUAACAUUUCAGAAAGGCUCAUUUAUUUGCGGGAUAGUUGGCAUUGUCGUGACAGUGCUCUACUUCCUGUACGUGUGCUGGGACACAGACAGUUGGGAGAUGACUGCACUCGCAUUACCCAGCGUCUUGGCUUACUUUCUUCUGAUGCUCGGGCAGAGAUACGAAAAACAUGGACUGUAUUGGCCUCAUCUUAUAAUAAACGUAAGCCCAGUUUUUAGCGGUUUCAAAUCGGUAACUCUACCCCUCAAUUUAAGUCGCUCUACUUGCUGGGAUACUUGACCUUUAUUGUGCUAUUGGGUCUACAAAUUAACGAAGCCUAUGGUACCGUUUUCCCUCCGGAUAUGCCCCCGGAACAGGUGGCCUACUUCAAGCGGAUCGGCCGCAUCUUCUACAUCAAACAUACAAUUGCGAUAGCUGUAACUACGAUCUUGAUGGUCAUCACAUGCUACUUGUUGAAAGUUGCCUAUCGGGGAUUUCGAUAUAUCGCUGAAAUCAUUAAGCCAUCAAAAGAGCUGCCGCCUGAGAUUCGAGUGAGUAACUGUUGAAGGGGUCGUAGCCUUACGCACAUUCUACAUAUAUUGGCGGUAUCUCCGGUGGACCCUGACAAGGGCUCGGCAAAACCUCGCCCCUGGUUUCUUCUUGAAACAUACACCAUUUGAAAGAGCGCAAAAAACUGGUCUAGGAUCACCUUCAAUUAGCUGCUAAGAUUCUCUUACGUGCUAGCUAGCGGGCGUUUUUUAAAAAAUCCCAAUUAGAUUUUGGGACUCUUUUCUUCUAAGAGGUCAGCGAGAUCGAAUAAUCACUUUUCAUAUAAAUAUUAGUCACCUAGGACAUUGAACGCUUCCACCAAGUUCAAAAAAUAUAAAAUUUUUAUCAAGCUUGAAACUCUCAGGUCGAUGUUCACAAUGACUGGUUACGCGAUGUUUUAGGUCCUGUAACCCGAGCAAACUAGGAGGUUUUAAACAUGUUGACCGUUUUCAGACUCGUUUUUCAUGUGCUUUCCAUAAAUGAGCAUUCCUAGUAAAAAAUUUUAAAGCCGUUGAAAGUUUCGUCCAUCUUGGGUUCCCACUGCAGUACCAAGUACCCCCUAUAUCAAAAAAAAUCGAAAAAAGUUGUCGAUGUUUCGUACAAAACAAAUCCAUAGUACCUCAAAAAUCAAUUUGAAAAUUAAAGGCUGUCUGCUAGCCCUGCUCAUUCAUAAUAGCCAAAAAAAUCCAAAAAUUCAAAAGGGGAUUCGAACCUGGUCUGCAGGUCCUCCUUGUACAGCGCCUUACCCCACUAGGCCACCGAAGCACUGCUCCGCUGUGCUUUUGAAAUCGAUCGCCUUUGUUUUCUCGAAAGAAGGGUGAACUAAAAAAUGCUCGCUAGCUAGCACGUAAGUGAAUCUUAGCAGCUAACUAAAGGUGAUCCUAAACCAGUUUUUUGCGCUCUUUCAAAUGGUGUAUGUUUCAAGAAGAAACCAGGGGACGAGGUUUUGCCGAGCCCUUGUGAGUGUAUUUUAUGGCAUUGCUAAAUGACCACUCACUCAAAAUAGGUCUUUUUCAAAUUUGAAGUGUUACACGCAUGAGCUGACAAGGGAAGUCACUUUUUUCGCAGAUCGAUCCAUACUGGUGACCUAGUGGACUGUGAAGGCCUCAGGCUGUGUAAGAAGAAUCUGGCGUCCAAAAGUGUUUACGGGCCCUGAGGACAGAGUUAUGGCUCAUCAAAGUUCGCGCAAAAAGGGUUCCGAAAAGACCCUCCAAAAAAACGUGAACGGAGAAGUGAGCUUCGGUAGCAGAGUGGUUCGCAGAUUUUUCUUUUGUCUGGAAGGGCCAAGGUUCGAUUCCUCUUCCCGGCAAUAACUAAAAAUAAUAUUGUAAGAGUAGCGUAAGUUACAAAAAAAAUUGUUUUGAAAUAUUUUUUGAAAAAUGCUAUUAUCCUGUCGUUAAAAUUUGGGGAAGUCGUUGUGAGCUUGGACACAGUGAGGGAUGCGAGGGCAUUUUUCCACCGAGGAUCGCAUUCAAUUUCUGGAGUAAUGCGGCGAUUACGGUGGAUCAAGACGCCGUAUCAAUGGAGAAAACUGCGGGAACUUUGGCGUAAAGGUAGGACUGGGAUUCUCAAUAUGCAUAUCUCUAACGUUUUAGAAGACGCCCUUGGUGAUCGUGAUAUCAUGGAAGCGCUUGACUCAAACGCUUGCUGUCUGGGCAUAUGAUAAAUUUAGUGACGAUAUCAACAAAAUCGUCAUUUUUUUAACGACAGGAUAAUAAUAUUUUUCAAAAAAUAUUUUAAAAUAUUUUUUUGUAACUUACCCUACUCUUACAAUAUUAUUUUUAUUUAUUGCCGGGAAGAGAAAUCGAACUCUGGCCUUUCCAGACAAAAGAAAAAUCUGCAAACCACUCUGCUACCGAAGCUCACUUUUCCAGCUCCGUUUUUUGGAGGGUCUUUUCGGAACCUUUUUUGCGCGAACUUUGAUGAGCCAUAACUCUGCCCUCAGGGCCCGUAAACACUUUUGGACGCCAGAUUCUUCUUACACAGCUCGAGGCCUUCACAGUCCACUAGGUCACCAGUAUGGAUCGAUCUGCGAAAAAAGUGACUUCCCUUGUGAGAGUUUUUGCCUUUGGGUUUGACAGCACCUUAACCCUACUGCGGUGCGAUAGUGUAAUGUUAACCAGACACAGUUAAGAACGCCAGAGGGAUAGCAAGAAAAAGGAAUGAAAAACUUUGUUGCCAAUCGCGUAUUGACUACAUUAUCAUAUUAAUGCUUGGGCUAGCUACGUAAUAAACAAUUGUAGAAGAGGAUUUUUAACUCGUUGUUUUAGGCCCAAGUCCGCGACUUUGCGCGCCGGCAAGAAGAGGCGUUGGAUGCUCCAUCGCCGACCAGUCUAAGCAUUUCCGUCGGUGGAUCAGUAGAUGCACCCAACUCAACUUCCACUCCAAUGGCAUCCCCUCAGUCACGGCAUAAUUCCCACUCAUCGCCCGCUGUCUAUAAAGUUUGAGUGUUUGUACAAAACCUGAUAGCUGUUUAUUUUUAUGGCACUUGACUCAAAACAUAAUAAAAUCAAAAAAUAUAACAUGUGCAUUUCAACCUGUGUUUAUUGCAACUUUGACUUAGAAUAUAAUUCUAAUCUACCAAGCCCUUUUAUUGACUCUACGUCCAAUAUGUAUAUUACUGCAGAGCGGAAACGAAUUUCAAUAAACGCUCUUCGCUUUUUUAAUAUUUGACCUUCCAUUAAAGAUGUUUUCGGGUCGAUUGAAUGGCCGAUAACGGAGACAAAAGGGUCAGCUGUCUUGGAAAUGAAAAGAACAAUAAAAACCCUUUCGGGAUUUUCGGCUCCAAAAUUCGUGGAUUGCGACCGAAAAGGCCCAUCACAGAACUACUAUGAUUUCCGCAAUACACGUAAUUUGCUUGGUAUUUUCUGUACCGUACGUACCAGUUUCGGCCGGCCCUUUGAUUAUUUCCACGUGGGCAACAGUGGAUUUCAGUCGAGCGGCGCAGAAUGCAUGGGUGGCCCUGCGGAAUGGCCAAAAUCGACUGGAAUCGCUGGUUCAGGGCCUCGAAACUUGCGAAAAGCUGCAAUGUGAUCGGACCGUGGGCUUUGGAGGGUCUCCUGACGAGACCGGCGAAACCACGCUGGACGCACUGAUUAUGGACGGGCCGGGCCAAGAAAUGGGGGCUGUUGGGGACUUGAGAAGGGUAAAGUCAGCGGCUAGAGUGGCCUGGAGUGUCAUGAACUACACGACUCACUCGUUUCUGGCGGGAGAUCAAGGUUGGUUACGGAAAAUUAAACCCCAGUUAUUACGGUUGUUCUGAUUACUGGUAGCUCUUAGGGUUGACAACGGCUUCUUAAUUCCAAGUUUUUUAAAACCAUUCGUAUUUCAGCCACUCGUUUUGCGGUCGAGAUGGGUUUCAAAUUGGAGAACCUCACAACUGAGGAGUCUGCCAAAAUGCAUCAACAAUGGCUCGACCAAAAUUGUCAGCCGAAUUUUUGGCGAAACGUUCAACCCAACUCCAAGACUGGCUGUGGACCGUAUAAACCCAUAAAGAGCAGUCUCCUAAAGGUUGCGCGUCCUAGAACUUUGAUUCAAGAGUUGGAGAGGUUCUCGCAACGAAGUCAUGACACAUUGGGGAUGGUGGUUGUCGAUGAAAACGGCGAUAUUUCAGUUGGCACAACAACAAAUGGGGCAGGUCAUAAAAUCCCGGGGUAAUUUUUGCUUGCAAGAUUGGAAAUUGUCCUCUGCAGAGCUCUGUAAUGGGAAAUUUAGCAAGCUAAAUUAAUUCGUUUUCAGUCGAAUCGGAGACUCGCCCAUUCCUGGGGCUGGCGCCUAUGUUGACAAUGAUUUCGGAGGAGCCGCAGCCACUGGCGAUGGCGAUCAAAUGAUGAGAUUCCUGCCGAGGUAUGUGUAGCUGGAACUUUGCCCACACUUUUUCAUCCCAUUACAUGUCUUUUUCUAGCAUGGUCGCCGUGGAGCAACUUCGAAACGGGAUUUCAGCCAGAAAGGCAGCGCAAAUUGCAAUUUUGAGGAUAAAGAAGUACUAUCCCAACUUUUUUGGAGCCAUUGUUGUGGCAUCGAAGAAAGGAGACUAUUCGGCUGCUUGCAGCGGAAUGUCGAGGUUUGCUUAUUCCGUCCCGUCGGAUAGUGGUGUUCAUGUCGAAACUGUUAGAUGCGAAUAA